AUGGCAAGCGCAUCGUCUCCUGGAAAGGUGCUAAUCCUUGGUGGCUUUAUCGUUGUUGAAGGACCCAAUGUUGGUAUAUCCAUUGGCACUACAGCACGCUUUGAGACACGUGUGGUAUUUGGAGAAAAAUCACCGGAUGAGAAGUGCCACGUGCACUUUGUUUCACCACAAUUCAACAAAGAAUAUAGAUUUGAGUGUACUGUGAAGGAUGUGACUGAGUCAAUUGUUUCAGUUACACAAAUUGAAGGUUCCUCAUCUCCUUUUCUUUACUACAGUGUUCUCUAUGCAGUGGCUGCAGUUGUAUCACAAGGUGGUGAUAUUCGAAAAACCAUUACAUUAGAAUUGUUUGCCGAUAACGAUUUUUAUAGUCAGAGAAACUACUUGGAAGCAGAAGGAAAACAAGUGACUGUAGCCAAUUUGCGCACAUUGCCUCGUCAUCUCCCUCUUGUGGGUGAUGUAUCUAAGACAGGAUUGGGAUCAUCUGCCGCUAUGACAACCAGUGCAGUGGCAUGUUUGUAUAGAUUUCUUAUUAACAGCGAUUCUAUGGGUACGAAAGAAGUUGAACUUAUCCAUCGUACUGCUCAGAUUGCUCAUAGCGUAGCACAAGGUAAAAUUGGGAGUGGAUUUGAUGUCUACACAGCAACCUAUGGUACUUGUCUCUAUCGCCGUUUUCCAGCUAAGUAUAUUGAAAAGAUUAUGAACGAUAAUGAACCUCCAAAAAGUGUUGCAGUUGUUAAUUUUGCAGAUUGUGUAAACCUUGAGAAGGAAUGGGUUGAAAGAGUCCCAUUCCGAUUACCAUUGGGUUUAAAAAUUGUACUUGGAGAUGUGCACCAGGGAGGUACAGGUACACCAGGGAUGGUAUCUAAAGUGAUGGCAUGGAGGAAGUCUGUUGCAAAUGAUCCGGAAAGCCUUUGGAAUCAUCUUGCUGAAAAUAAUGAAAAAUACGUCAAGGCUCUUCGUUUGCUAAUAAAACAUGCCGAUGAAAAACCGGCAGAAUACAUGGAUGCAGUUGAGAACUUGAAGCGUGUUGUGAUAGCUCAGCAUACACCUAAAAACGAAUCUGAACGACUUUGGAUAGAAGCGGCUACAUUCGCUAAUACAAGUCGACGUUAUUUGCGUGAAAUGGGACAUGCUGCUUCUGUGGAAAUUGAACCCAACGUAUUAAGCGCUUUGUUGGAUGCUACUUGUGCGAUUCCAGGUGUUUUUGCAGUGGGUUGCCCUGGGGCAGGUGGUUAUGAUGCUGUGUUCGCCCUUGUGAUGGGUGACGAGACCUGUUCAGUGGUUGAGGAAUUCUGGGAACGAUAUAAGAAUGUACAUGUUUGUCCAUUGUUAGUACGUGAAGAUGCUAAAGGACUCAUUCUUUCGUAA